AUGCAGUUCUCCGUCGCCGCUGUUCUCGCUCUGGCUACUGCCGUUGCUGCUCUUCCUCCUGCCGCUGGCACUGGCGCUGGCCAGGAAGUUGGCAACGCCAAGAACCAGUUCCCUCUUCCCGCCGACUUGACCACCAAGCAGGCCGCCGAGAAGUGUGGUGACCAGGCUGAGCUUAAGUGCUGCAACAAGGUCAUUAAGUCUGGUGACUUCACCCAGGCCGAGUCUGGUAUCCUGAACAACCUCCUCGACCUCCUCAAUGGCAAGCAGGGCCAGGGUCUUGGUCUCUUGGAUGAGUGCACCAACAUCCCCGUCAUCCCCGUUAUCCCCAUCCUCAGCCCUCAGAAGCAGUGCUCGCAGCCCAUCUCUUGCUGCCAGAACACCAAGUCCAGCGCCGAUGGAAGCGUCGUUGGUCUUGCUCUUCCUUGCAUUGCUCUCAGCUCCCUUGUGUAA